CAAAUCAGUCUCGAUCUCAACCGCAAACGCAAAAGCAAACGCAAUCAUAGUUUCAAACGCAAACGCCAUGGAACAUCCGAGAGGCACCAUCAUCUUCACCACAGUCGGCCGCACUUACUACGGCUUCGACCUCUUCUCAUUCCACAUCCCCUCCGCAACCGAGCGCCGCCUCACCGACGGCGUCUCCGUCAACUUUAACGGCCACUUCUCCGACGGAGACGGUCACUCCGUCGUCUUUGUCUCCGAGCGAACCGCUUCCGCCCGGGUUUACCGAACCCGACCAGAUAAUCCGACUCCGGAACAGCUCCCCGGCGCUCCGGACAGCCUCUUUCACGACCGUCCUGUCGUGAGGGACAACCGCCUCUACUUCGUCUCAGCUCACGAGCAGCCUGACUGCCACUUCAAGAGCUGGUCCGCCCUCUACGCCGCAGAGCUUGGCUCAGACCGGAAACCCACCCGUCUAACCCCGCCCUCCGCCGCCGAUUACAGCCCGGCGGUUUCCCGAUCGGGAGAGUUCGUUGCCGUCGCGUCGUACGGUUCUCGCUCUUGGGAAGGUGAGUUUCACGAGAUGAACACCGAUGUUGUUGUUUUCAGAGCGUCCGAGCCAGAGAAGAGGGUUGUGGUUUGCGAGCACGGCGGUUGGCCCAGUUGGUCCGGCGAUUCCGCCGUCUUCUUUCACCGUCAGGCCGAAGACGGUUGGUGGAGCAUUUUCCGAGUGGAUCUGCCGGAAAAUUUUCUGGAAUUCUCCGGAUUCCCAAUCGCACCGGUUCGAGUCACACCUCCUGGACUACAUUGCUUCACCCCUGCAACUUUCCAUGACGGAAGACGAAUCGCCGUCGCUACUCGCCGUCGCGGCCGCGAUUACCGUCACAUAGAAAUUUUCGAUCUGGAGCAUAAGACGUUUCAGCUGGUGACCGAAUCACUCAAUCCGAGCUACCACCAUUACAACCCGUUCGUCUCUCACGAUUCCGAGUUUGUCGGGUACCACCGAUUCCGCGGCGAGUCGACUCAGGGCGAGACAAUCGCUCCGAACCUGGAACCGAUCACGUCUCCCGUCAAGGACCUCCGCUUGCUCAGAAUCAACGGGUCAUUCCCGUCGCCGUCUCCCGACGGUUCUCUGAUCGCCUUCAACCACGACUUUGACGCCAAUGGCGGCAUCAAAGUCGUGAAAUCAGACGGAUCGAAACGAUGGACGUUGAUCAAGAACCGCACAGCCUUCUACAACUCGUGGAGUCCAACGGAGCGUCACGUCAUCUACACAUCCCUCGGCCCGAUCUUCCAUCCGGCGAAAACAGCUGUUCAGAUCGCUCGCAUCAAGUUCGAUCCCUCCGAUCUCACCGACGACAAAGAAGAGAUUCCGUGUGAGGUGAAGAUCCUCACCGAAGAAGACACCGGAAACAAUGCCUUCCCGUCCUGCUCCCCCGACGGAAAGUCCGUCGUGUUCCGAUCUGGCCGAUCGAGCCACAAGAACCUUUACAUAGUCGACGCCAUCGCCGGCGAAUCCGGCGGCAUACGGAGGUUGACGGAGGGGCCGUGGAUCGACACGAUGCCGUGCUGGUCUCCGAAGGGCGAUCUCAUCGCGUUCUCGUCGAACCGGCACAAUCAGGGGAACACGGAAGGGUUCGGGGCUUACGUGGUGAGGCCCGAUGGGUCCGGUGUGAGGAGGAUAAAAGUGGCGGGAACGGAGGGGUCGGAGGAGGCGGAGAGGGAGAGGAUCAACCAUUUGAGCUUCAGCAAGGACGGAGAGUGGCUGGUCUUCACAGCGAACCUCGGCGGAGUGACGGUGGAGCCGGUGGCGGUGCCGAAUCAGUUUCAGCCGUACGGGGAGGUGUACGUGGUGAGGGUGGACGGGACGGGGCUGAGGAGGUUGACGUGGAAUGGGUAUGAGGACGGGACGCCCACGUGGCACACGGCGGAUGAUGAGCUGGAUCUGACUAGGUUGAGUUUGGACGGUCAGGAUGGUGACAAGCUUACGGGUCAGAUCGACGAGCCACUGUGGAUCUCAUGUGAUCUUUGAAUCUUUAAAAAAAUAAAAAAUAAAAAUCUAGUGAUCUUACAUGUUAAGUUCAGUUAAUCUUUGGAUUCUGUCUGCUGUUUCCUU